AUCGUCAACAAAAUGAAGGGACGCCAACGGAAGGGUGUCCAACAAGAAAUUUUAACCCUCUUGGGUCUGCAUCACCGGCCAAAACCGAAGGAUCACCAUGGUGAGGAGGACUCAGCGCCGAAGUUCAUGAUAGACUUGUACAAGACAUUGGAAGAGGAAGAAACGCUUCCCAUGGAAGAAAAUGAUGAAAAAUUUCAUAACCAUUUGAAAAGUAAAUUGAACGAUAGUCUCGGUCUGGAUUUGACCAAAGUAGAUGGCUCAGAUGUGAUUAUGAGUUUUGUGAAUCACGGU